UCCAAAUUCCAAAUCCCCCAAAAGUUUAUAUAAACCCUUCAAACACAGAAUCCAAUUCCACAUUCCACAAUUGAUUCACAAGCAUCGACGAGGUGAGGGAAAGCCCCAAUCUUUCAUUUUUCUCAGCAACCAAAUAGAGCGUUACACAAAGUUUUUGUCUUUUCCACGCAAUCCACUGCUUUUAGUUGUUUUGUUUGAGUUCAUAGAAGAAGGAGACUGUUCGAGAUGAGGCUGUUGAAGGUGGCCACGUGUAAUCUGAACCAGUGGGCUAUGGAUUUCGAUUCCAACUUGAAGAAUAUCAAGGAGUCCAUAGCCAUGGCUAAGCAAGCCGGUGCUGUGAUUCGGCUCGGCCCCGAGCUCGAGAUCACUGGUUAUGGCUGCGAAGACCACUUCUUGGAGCUUGAUACCGUCACUCAUGCAUGGGAGUGUUUGAAAGAGAUAUUGCUUGGUGAUUGGACUGACGGCAUCUUAUGUAGCAUUGGCAUGCCUGUCAUCAAAGGGUCGGAGCGUUACAAUUGUCAAGUUCUAUGUUUUAACAGAAAAAUAAUUAUUAUACGCCCGAAGAUGUGGCUUGCAAAUGAUGGCAAUUACAGGGAACUCCGAUGGUUCACGGGAUGGAAGGAAAGAAGCCAACUUGAGGACUUUCAACUCCCAAUUGAAAUUUCUGAGCAUAUAUCACAGAAAACAGCGCCUUUUGGCUAUGGAUUCGUCCAGUUUCUAGACACAGCUGUUGCGGCUGAAGUCUGUGAAGAGCUUUAUAGUCCUGUUCCUCCUCAUGCUGAUCUUGCGCUGAAUGGGGUUGAAGUGUUUAUGAAUGCAAGUGGAAGUCACCACCAACUCAGAAAGCUUGAUAUUCGUCUUCGUGCUAUUAUAGGUGCUACUCAUACUCGUGGAGGGGUUUACAUGUACAGCAAUCACCAAGGAUGUGAUGGCAGCCGCCUUUACUAUGAUGGAUGUUCUUGCGUUGUUGUAAAUGGAGAUGUGGUUGCUCAAGGCUCACAAUUUUCUUUGAAGGAUAUUGAGAUUGUGGUUGCUCAAGUAGAUCUUGAUGCGGUUGCUAGUCUUAGAGGAUCUAUAAGUAGCUUUCAAGAGCAAGCAAGUUGCAAAAUUAAAGUUCCUUCGGUGGCGGUACCAUACAAGCUUUCUCAGCCUUUUACCCUGAAAAUGUGUCCUUCUAGUCCACUUAAGAUCAAGUAUCAUGAUCCUGAGGAGGAAAUAGCCUUUGGACCAGGUUGCUGGUUAUGGGAUUAUUUAAGAAGAAGUGGAGCUUCUGGUUUUUUGCUUCCUCUUUCUGGUGGAGCAGAUAGCUCCUCGGUUGCUGCUAUAGUUGGCUGCAUGUGCCAGCUUGUCGUAAAAGAAAUAGCAAAUGGAGAUGAACAAGUCAAAGCUGAUGCAAUUCGUAUUGGAAAUUAUACUGGUGGACAGUUUCCUACUGACAGCAGAGAAUUUGCAAAACGCAUAUUUUAUACAGUAUUUAUGGGAUCUGAAAACAGUUCUGAAGUCACAAAGUCACGAGCAAAGGUACUAGCAGAUGAGAUUGGCUCAUGGCAUCUUGAUGUUUCCAUAGAUGGGGUUGUUUCUGCACUUCUGUCUUUAUUUCAAAACCUUACAGGAAAGCGACCACGCUAUAAGGUAGAUGGUGGAUCUAACAGUGAAAACUUAGGUCUGCAGAAUAUUCAAGCUCGAAUCAGAAUGGUGCUGGCUUUUAUGUUAGCGUCACUCUUGCCAUGGGUGCACAACAAACCCGGAUUUUAUCUUGUUUUGGGUAGCUCCAAUGUGGAUGAAGGACUGCGUGGUUACCUAACAAAGUAUGAUUGCAGUUCAGCAGAUAUUAAUCCAAUUGGAAGUAUUAGUAAGCAGGAUCUUCGAGCAUUUCUACGAUGGGCUGCCAUCAAUCUUGGUUUCUCAUCCUUGGCAGAUAUUGAAGCAGCUCCACCGACUGCUGAACUGGAGCCUAUACGUUCCAACUACAGUCAGCUAGAUGAAGUGGACAUGGGAAUGACAUAUGAGGAACUCUCCGUCUAUGGAAGGUUGCGGAAAAUUUUCCGAUGUGGUCCAGUAUCUAUGUUCCAGAAUCUCUGCUACAGAUGGGGUGCAAGAUUAACUCCAUUGGAGGUGGCUGACAAAGUAAAACACUUCUUCAAGUACUACUCCAUCAAUCGACACAAAAUGACUGUAUUGACACCUUCCUAUCAUGCUGAGAGUUAUUCACCCGAGGAUAAUCGGUUUGACCUUCGCCAAUUUCUCUACAAUGUAAGAUGGCCAUAUCAGUUCCGCAAGAUCGAUGAACUCGUGCGCGAAUUGGACGGUGACAAAGUUGCCAUUACAGAAUCAGGUGACCAUGAAAACUUGGGAGCUACAUCAGAUGGUGGAGGAGGGCUAGGAGUUGCUGCAGCAGGCUCAGGCAAUCCAAAUGUUGGGUUGUAAUUGAAAUAAAAUACAACCUUACGUGUGAACUAAAUUGGUGCAAAUAUAUUUGUUUAGUUUCUAUCUCAUUAUGCUGGUUUAUGUAAUUAGAUUGUAUUCUUAACCAUUUUUCAUGGGUAAUUAUCACCCCUAAUAAUUGUAACUUUGCCUCAUGUCAAGGCUACUCUAUAUUCAUUCAUAGAUUUAAAUAAAAAUGAUUUAUA